AUGAUUCUGGAACUACACGAUAAAAAGGAAAAACCUUGUUACCAUUUGGUAUGGAUCUACACGUUGAGCUCAGCGUACAAGAUCACACAGUUGAAAGUGCCGCUUUACGCAGACCCGCGUCGGGCUGCGGAACUCAGCUGUCACUUCCAAAUGGAUGACCAGAAGCUGCAUUCCGUCAAGUGGUACAGAGAUAUGCACGAGAUCUUCCGGUAUAACCCCUCGCAAAAGCCAUCAAUCCGAUUAUUCAAUGUGACCGGCAUUAUGGUGCAAGGCGGCGAGUGCCAGGCAGAGUGGUGCCUGGUGCGUGUGAUGCCUCCGCCUGUGGCCGCUAGAGCAGCUUACAGCUGUGAGAUAUCUACGGAAGGGCCUAAGUUCCAGAUAGCGCGUCAAACCAAACAUAUGACUGUUGUCGCGAUGCCAGAGAGGGACCCAGUUAUAAUUGGUGCUCCAAAAUUAGUGAAACCCGGAGAGCAAAUAUUGCUUAAUUGUACCUCGGACUAUUCUCUUCCGCCCGCUGAUAUCAACUGGUAUAUUGACAAUGAGCUUCAAAAGCAAGAGCCGUGGCAACGCACGGAGCAGAGCCUGCCGCAAGCAGGUGGUCUGCGAGCGUCAUGGCGCGUGCUCCGUGUGCCGGUUCCGCCAGCAGAGAGCGGAGCAUUGCGCGUGCGUUGCGAGGCCGCAUUACCCGUGGAACCACCCGUUCGCCGUGAUGAUGCUGUCGUACUUACUCUGUAUUCACACACGCAGCUCUCCAAGUACGUCUCUAAUGCAGGUACGAACGUGGUCUACGAAAUUAAGUUAUCAUUGGUGAUUCUAUGGACUUGCAUUUUUAUUACGAUAGGAUUAUGA